CCCGCUAGUGGGCCUGUCAAACACACUCUUUGCCCAGUGAGCACAGCCUCUGCCAUCCAAUUUCCCUGCCCCUGCCGACCAAAUCCCCAGGCACCGUGCACUGUGCGCAGGCUUAGCCACGCCAUGUGCUUGUCUGGCGCCAUAACCCCCCACAGACCCAAAUCUUCCCAUCCUUCUCCCUCCUUCUCUUCUGACCAACCUCCCUGUCGUCUUCCAAACGCUUCUUGUUCAACGCUCUUCUCCUUUCAACACUCAUUGUCACCAUUUAUCAAAGUCACUCGUUUCACCAUCGACUGUAUUGCUUUCCUGUGCCGUACUACCUCUGUUGAUAGUGGUACGAUCCACAGCACAGCACUCUGUCGCAUCUCCUAUUUUCCUUGACUCUUCGAAUCUCGAAUAUUCAAUCUCUACCGGUCACAGUUUGUCAUCAAACGCGAUCCUUCCACUUUGCCAAUCAUCGACGGACUCACCAAAAAGUUUACUGUCUUGCCAGCUCUCGACAGUAACCCGCCCAACAAAAAGAUAAAUCCGCCAUAUCCGAAGCUCCCGACACGACACCUCAAUCCUCUCACCAUGCAGCCACACUCGGUCUUGGCCACUUUGGUGUUCGCCGCCAUCCCUGCCUCAGCAAAUGGUAACCACAAGCACCUACACGCUCGUAGCCAGGUUACCAACAACAAGUCUGUCCCGGAUGCGAUCAACCAAAUUACCUUUGCUGGGUGCUAUUCGAAUAAGGGCAAUAUGACGAUGGUACCACCAAAACCGCAACUUUCUGUUGGAGGAUGCGAACCGGCCUGUAAAGAAAAGGGAUACCCAGCGUUUGGCAUGGACGCAACGACAUGCUACUGUGGCUGGGCUUACCCUCCCACUGGCGACAAAGUCAGUGACAGCAAAUGUGACGGCGAAUGCCCAUAUUGGAAGCAGGACUCUUGCGGCGGUUUCGGAACAUAUUCAAUCUACAACCGCGGUAUUAUAAAACCUGCUAGUCUUGCCAAGGGUGAUGGUAGCAGUGAUGUCGGUGGUUCUUCGACAAGCUCAUCGAAACCUGCUGGUACUAAUACUGCUGCCUCAACAAUUGUAGUUACCGCACCCGCGUCAUCUUCAGCAGACAACUCCGGCUCUACUGGCGGUGGCCCCAACACGGUGGCAAUUGCCGUUGGAGUAGUUGUAGGAGUCAUUGGUAUCGCAGCUAUCAUUGGUGGUGCUUUCUUCUUUAUUCGUCGCCGCAGAAACGCACAACUUGAAGAAGAGCACCGCAGAAACGCCGCCGUCAAUGCUUUCAUUAGUGGAUCAAAGCCGCCUAGCACCUCUGGUGGUCUUUCGAUGACAGACGCUCGCCUCGACCCCGUUGCAGUACAUCGCCGCCUCAGUGAUGGCAGCAUCGCCGACAACGAAGAUUACUCGAGAAGAAUUCUGCGAGUUACAAAUGCCUAAACUUUGAAAACACACUUGUGUUAUUACGACGACUUGAAAUGCCACUUGGCAUGACUCUUUAACCUUUGUUUUUGUCUCGGCAUUCGCGGCGUUAUGGAUUUGUUAGUUUGAAAGAUUUGCCACUGAUUUCAGCCGUGCAGAUAGAUGGCUCGAGAUAUGGCAUAGUGUGGAAGCAGUGCUUUUAGUUACGGCUUCUCUACGAGUGGUUGACGAAAUUCCACGUCGUAUGUAUUUAAGAUAUUUCGUAUAGUACCAUAACCUCGAUAAUUUUAUUUUGAAACUUUGAUCUGUACUAAAUGUUAAAACCUAUUUUCACCCUGCA